UUUCUAUGAACACCACCCCGUUUGUAUUCCGUCUUCCUAGAUCUCACUCUUUCUUUCCUAUAAAUUCUAUUUUCUCGUCCUGCACACCUAGAAGUUAUCCUUACCCCUCGCAACGACGAGCACGAUCCAUCCGACUGCAUCCAUACCCCGCCGUAAGAUCCUCAUCGAAAACAAUAACCACCACCAUUUCAACGACGAUGCCCUCGCAACCACGAAUCCACCUAGUCCGCCACGCCCAGGGCUUCCACAACUUGGGCUUCGAAUUCCACUCCCUGCCCGACCCGAAACUUACACCGCUCGGCGAAUCUCAAUGUGCUGCCCUGCAGUCGAAACACUUCCCACCGCAAUCCCAGUCCAACAUCUCCCUCGUCACGGCCUCCCCGCUCUCCCGCACCCUGCACACCGCACACCUCACAUUCUCCCCGGCCCUGAGUAAUGGCAAAUGCCAGCCUCUCAUCCUCGCCGUCCCUGACGCUCAAGAGACGUCCGAUUUUCCCUGUGAUACCGGCAGCGACGUCGAUGUUCUCCGGGGCAUCAUCGCCGAGCAGAACUGGAAAGUCGACCUCUCGCUUGUUAAUGAGGGAUGGAACAUCAAAACUGUGAAUAACCGCUACUCGCCUGCCAGCCGAGCUAUCCAGCGUCGCGCCCGAGAUGCCCGGAUCCUCCUCCGUCAAAAGGCACGCGAACUCGCAGAGGCCGGAGAUGAGGACGUCGAGAUUGUGCUGGUCGCGCACGGCGGGUAUCUGCACUACCUCACCGAUGACUGGGAGGACUCGGACAAGCUGGCGGGCACGGGAUGGGAAAACUGCGAGUUCCGCACGUACACCUUCGAGCAUGACUUCAUGUCCGACAGCGACGAGGAGGCGUAUUUCUCCGAGACCAUGGAGUCACGACGGCGGCGGGGCAAAGACCACCCGAUGCUCGGUCACGAGAAGCAGAAGGAGUUGUUCAACUUGUCGAUGCAAGGCUGGGAGGACCAGGGACUGCAACGGGCCGAUAAGCUCGGCGCCGAAGACGAGGCGAGUCAGCCGCUUGAUGACGAAGAGCGCACGGGUCAGGAGCCUGCCGCGAAGAACAUGGAUUUGGACAGGCAGACGGGCGAGGUUGAGGUUAUGGCAUAAAAAAGGCCCACAUGAACGACGGUCUCGGGACACUGAUGACUCUGAAGGUUAAGGAUAUCACGGACACGACGAUGAAGCUUGAAACUAUGGUAGAUAAGCAUUCAAUGGUGAGUGGGUGAUCAUGUUUACGUCGAGUUCACAAUCCAACGAACCCCGAGGAAGCGAGACCACGGUGCGAUGCAUACGGCAACGAUGAUGCAUGGAAUAGAUGGCAAUCAGCGCUGCUGUUGCAUCGGAUCGCAGAGUUGGCCUCUUGACCAGCCCUACUGCCUCCUUGGGGGGAGGUUGGGCAUGUUCAAUUUAUGAGCAUACCUGGUAUGUUAUCGGCGUUUGUGGGAAUGCAUAGCAUGGCGACGGAGUGGGCCAGCGAUGAGGUUCCGUGGAAAGAAAAAAGAGAAUCAUAGAUGAAAGACUAGACUAGACAAGACAAGACAAGACAAGACAAGACUCAAGAACUACAGGAAAAGCCUGGCGAAGCACAAGUGUAGAAUUUCGAAGACUUAUUUAAAAGAAUCUUUGACA